GGUCAAAUGGCACUAAACCGGUUGGAACUAUAUUUUACCAAACAAUAUUCUCUUCUAGUUUGCAUGAUUGACAUUAUUAUUAUGGCAUCUCUCUUGAGCUUUCUUUAUAAAAUGUUUAAAAAAUAAUACUUUUUAGUUUAUCCAAUUCCCUCCCUGCUGCAAAUAAAGGGAUGCUUGGUUUAAAAAUGAUGUCAUGGGUUUCUUUGACCAUAGCAUUGAUCCUGUGUUUGACUUUGACUUUGAAUGGUGUGGCCAAGGCUCAAGAGGCUAAACUCAUCGGUACUGUCUAUUGUGACACUUGCUUCCAUCAAUAUUUCUCUCCGUCCAGUCAUUUUAUUUCAGGCGCGUUGGUGGCGGUGGAAUGUGAUGGUGAUGUGGUUCAUGCGAGUGGUGGGAAACUAAGAUUCCGGGAGGAAGUGAAAACAAAUGUGAAGGGCGAGUUUAGUGUUAUACUACCUUUCUCAGCUACCAAACAUGUUAAUGAAAUCAAGAGGUGUUUCGUCAGGUUGAUUAGUAGUAGCGAGCCGGAUUGUGCAGUGCCCGCCAUUUCCACAGCCACUUCAUCUUCCAUUCGACUCAAGGUAAAAACCCCGAAGAAUCAUGUUUUUUCAACAGGUUUUUUCACAUUCCAGCCCCUAGAACAACCAAAACGGUGUCAAUGGGAAUCACACACGAAUGCUAAUGAUGAAAUUAUUGCUUCACCGCCAUCACCAUCUCCUGUUGUUGAUGGAAUGCUUGCUCCAAUUCCACCACUUAAUGACUGGAAUCCGGUCGAAAGGAAAUUACAUGAUUUAGCAAAUGAAAACAAUUUAAGAUCCUCAAACUCACUUAACCAAAUCCUGCCACCUUUACUAGUUCCAUCAUUUCCAUCCCAACAACCACCAAGGUCCAUUUUUGUUCCAGUAGUCCCACCGCCACCAGAUACCAUGCUUAAUACGGCUUUCCAGCCACCACCAAAUUCGAUGCUCAAUACAGGCUUUCAGCCACCACCAGAUUCCGUGUUCAAUACGGGAUUCCAGCCACCACCAGAUUCCAUGAUCAAUACGGGAUUCCAGCCACCACCAGAUUCCAUGUUCAAUACGGGAUUCCAGCCACCGUCAGAUUCCAUGUUCAAUACGGGAUUCCAGCCACCGUCAGAUUCCAUGCUCAAUACGGGUUUCCAGCCACCACCAGAUUCUAUGAUCAAUACAGGUUUUCGGCAACCACCACCAGAUUCCAUGCUCAAUACAGGUUUCCAACCACCACCAGAUUCCAUGCUCAAUACAGGUUUCCAACCACCACCAGAUUCCAUGUUCAAUACGGGUUUCCAGCGACCACCUCCAGAUUCCGUGUUCAAUACAGGUUUCCAGCCACCACCUCCAAAUUCCAUGUUCAAUCCUAAUCCGUUACAACCACCAUCUGAUUCGAAAGUUGACCCAUCACCACCUUCAUUGAUUCCACAACUCCUCACACCACCACCAUCACAACCACCACCAUCAUUGUCCCCUUCUUUGUCGUCUCCACCACUAGAUCCACAACCAGACUUGAUUCCACCACCACCAUUCAACCCACCGUUUCCUGCAUUCCCAUUUCAACCAAGUGCAGGGUUGCCUAGAAUGCCACCAAGAACCAAGAUACCACCGUUAUUAUACACAUAAAAGGACAUUAACAAAGUAAUUUUAUGGAUCCAUAAUAAAUUUUGAAUGGAACUUAUCAAAGCUGCUAUCGAGGAGAAGUGUUAUGAUCGUUAUUGACAAUUGGAAAUAAAGGGACUGGCACUAUUAGUACCAAAGAUAUAGUAUGAAAACAUGUUUUCAUGAUUGUAACUGUAAUAUAGUUAGGAAUUGUUGGUUGGUUAAUCAUUGUUGUAAUAAGCUACUAAAACUCUAAAUAAAACAAAAUGCAUCUCUACUGAUGUUCAAACCGAUAUCUCACUAGUUUGUUAUGACUUCAUGAAACAUCAAUAGAAAUCAUUUUUAUCAA